UAUGGUCCCCCAGCCCCUCAGCCAAGGUAUGGUCCCCCAGCCCCUCAGCUACCUGGCCAUGGAUCACUAGCCAUUACUGGUAGAGUAGACAGACCUACAUAUUCAGGCUCAGAUGUACCCCCUCAGGAUGUGUUUGAUAACCAGUUUGGCAAGCCUCCAGCUCCCUCUGCACCCCCUCCUGACAUGUUUGCGCAUUACUCUGGAUAUGAACAAACACAAUUUGGCAGUUCAUAUGUUCCUCCUCCACCCCCAUAUGUGCCCCCUCCCUCCUCACAGAUGCCAGAACAGCACUUCCAACAAGCCACUGCAAUAACAGAUGACCAAGCUCAAGAUGCAAUGAUUCAGUUUGUGAGUGAAAACUGUUGUUAUGGAACAGCUCCAGCGAGGGAAAUGGUGAUUAAAGAUGUCAUUCCUUCAAGUGCUUAUCAUUACUCUCUGGAAAGUUUCUGUGAAUCACGUAAAACUGAGUGGAAAUUUGAACCUUACCGAGGUCAGCCGAUAGACAGCCCUGUGAACGGACCUGCUCCACCGCCAUGGAGCAUUCCUGCCAUUCCCCCUCAGUUGUUUAAGGACCAUACAGUCAAUAUUGAGGUUCCUCACACCGCCAAUAUCAAACCGUGUCAUGAUUGUAUGGCUGUGGGAUACAAGCGCUGUUAUAAGUGUUGUGGGCGUGGAAGGUUGCGAUGUUCCAGGUGCCAGGGUUCUGGUCUCGUUGAAGGAACGGAGCAAAGAGAGCAGUGUACCGACUGCAUGGGUAGAGGUUGGAAAACUUGCGAGGUUUGUAAUGGCCACGGCCGAAUAAAGUGUGGGACAUGUUUGGGACAAGCCCAGUUGAAAACCUUCAUUGAGCUGACUGUAAAGUGGGAGAACCAUGUGUCUAACCAUGUCGUGGAGAGAACAGAUCGGUUGCCUACUGAUCUCAUCGUUAAUUCCCAAGGAACUGAAAUAUUCAGGCAAGAACUGCCAAGGGUUUGGCCAAUCACGAGCUUUUUUGACCAGCAAGUGAACGUGGGCUCGAAGAGGCUUGUAGACGAACACAGCAACAAGUGGCCAGCCAAGAGCAUUCUUAUGCAGCGUCAACAGCUGCGAGCAGUACCCGUGUCCGAGGUUGCCUACCAAUGGAAGGAGCAAUCAAGCCGCUUCUGGGUCUACGGUCAUGAUCACAAGGUAUAUGCUCCAGACUACCCCCACAAUGCUGCUGUGGCUGCAGUAUUUUGUAGAGCUGCCUUCGGAGUUCGUAUCAAGAAAUCGCGAACCAAGUGAUGCUUCCCCUCAAGGCGGUGAAUAAUGGUUAUUCUCUAAUAACAUUAAAACACUUAACAACGUAAAAUUAAUAACCAAGGUAACUAAUAUGUAUCUCAAGAAAUUUUAAAAUAUGCCUCACAUAGUUUUAAAAUAAAUCUUUGGGUACAUCAUUUAUUUUUCACGUAAUUUACCACGCUUGACAUAAAAUUGACGUCCAGCGUUGUAGUAUUUGUAUACUAAGGAAUCGUACCACAGGUAAAACUUUAUAAUAUUUGUAGGGGCCAGCUACGCUUGGCAGAAUAAAUAAGACACAACAACUUCUCUGCGUCUGAUUCCUUGUAUUCUUGUACAGGAUAAUAAAAACGAAUAACAAAUAAGGGUUUAUCCGGCGACGAUUCGAAGUUAUUGCUUCUGACACAGCCUAAAAUCCUUCGCUAAAAUUAACUCGGUAAAAAACGGCAAAAAAAAUCCUGUAAGUAACGCUCAAACUACGCACGUGGCGUGGGAAACUGCGCCCAAGGCAUAUUGUCAGCGGCGCUAUAAACUAAAUGCAAACGCCACGAAUCAUUCAUUAUUCAAUAGGAAAACUACGUAGUCUUGUUUGCAUCCAUUCUUCGGGAUGUUACGCAACACUCCCUAAAAGAAGCUUCUGUCAAGAUGCGUGUUGCGUGACAUCCCAAAGAUCUACUGGGAAGGAGAUUCGAGACACUGUUGCCUGGAAAAAAAAUGGUAUUAACUCAGAGAGUUUUCCAUAGUGUGGAUAAAAUACUUAUGGUUUCUACGGCUAUUGACGCAAAUGAAACUUCCGUUUCACUUGUCCUGUUGUGAAAGGAAGACAGCAUAUUACUUUAGGUCCUAAAGAUGCCAAGCAUGUGUCUCGUGUAGAUGUAACAUCUCUUUUUUUUUUGUCAGUUUAACACUGAAAGUAUCUAAUGCAGCUUUUCUUUGCUAUUUAUAUAUAUGGAUAAACCAUACCGUCUCAAGGAGCUUCGUAAUUAACUUAUUUCCAGGGCAAUCCCCCAAAAAAUUUUGUCUUCUCCAUUUUGUUUGCGUAGUAGUCUUUUUUUUUCGUGAGCUAAGCGGAUGUCAGGCGAAGGCAGUUCCUUCCCCCACCCCGCUUAAAGUUUUUUUGCCCGUUUUCGCGUUAUGGCCUUGCUCGGGUCAUGUCUCUCCUUUUUUAAUUAAAUUUAGAUUAGGAAUUUUCUAGGAUUUAUUACUAUAAUUACUAUAAAAGACUGUGAUUGAAAACUGUGAAGAUGUUUAUUCAUGGAAAUGAAAUAUAACCAAAUAAAUAUUUUGGCAGGGUAUUGGA